UUGUGGAUGAGGUUGGCAAAGACAUUAACGGUUUCUGUGCGGAACUGCAGCUAGAUUCGCGCUUUAUUUUCACACAGAAAUACGGAAUAAAGCCGCUUUUUAUCGCGUUCCUGCUGAGAGAGAGAGAGAGAGAAGAUCCGCGGUGUAGAGGAUGAAGACGGUGACAUUAGCGCUGGUGUUGUGCUGUUUGCUGAUGGCUGAGGCUGAGGCGGCGCGGAGCAGGAAGGAGUGGAGCGGCGGGAGCAGCGGCGGCGGCGGCGGGCUGAAGAGAGCAGCGAGCGGCGUGUACCACAGCCUGAGCUCCGUGUUCGGGGAGGACAACAUCAAAGCCUUAUACAAGUUCUUCUCCAGGACCAAUGAGAGGUUUGUACACGGUGUGGACUCGCUGCUGGACACGCUGUGGAGGAGCUGCACUGACCUGCUGGACGCUCUGGGCCUCGAGUCCUCCACCGUGUCUCACUACUUCAGUCCGUCCGCGAUGUCGAGUUCUCCAUCUCGGGCGGUGUUGUUGCUGGGUGCUGUGUUCUUGGUGUACUGGUUCGUGUCCCUGGUUCUCGGGGGUGUGAUGUUGGUUCUGCGUGCCGUGUUGGGUCGGUUCUUCUGGGCGGCCCGCGUGCUGUUCUUCGCGCUCUCGUGCCUGUAUGUGCUGCAGAAGUUCGAGGGCGACCCGGAGAAGGCGGUGCUCCCCCUGCUGGUCAUCAUGGCCGUGUACUUCAUGACGGGGCCGGUGUCUGCAUACUGGAGGAGACAGGGAGUGUCCACGCUCGAGGACAAGAUCGACAACCUGGAGACGCAGGUACGCCUCCUCAACAUCCGCCUCAGCAGGGUGAUCGACAACCUCGAGCGCGCCGCCGACCAAUGAGGAGACGCCAUUCAGGGAGCGGGGGCGGGGCUAGGGUCAGGGCGUUGUUCUGGGUUUAACUUUCCUGUUCUGUUUCUGUUAUGUUUCGGAGUCACCGGUUGCUAGGCAACUGGGCAAUUAUACAUACCCCAUAAGCUAGCUAGAUAAACAUUGACGUUAGCUUUUUAAUAUGAAACUGAAUCACUGUCACAUUCUGACCAAACAGAACAGAACAGGAAGGGUUAAACAACAGGAAGUGACACGUACAGCCGUGUGUUGUCAUGGUGUUGUUCUCGGUGUUACAGAUAGUCACGUGUGCACUCAUCACGAGACUGAUCCUCGACCUGUGCUGCUACAUCAGCCCUGUUAGCCUGUUAGCAAUAGUGAGUGUGUGUGCGUGUGUGUGUGUGUGUGAGAGAGUGAGUGGGUGUGUGUGUGUGUGAGAGAGUGAGUGAGUGAGUGUGUUAGUGUGUGUGUGUGUGGGGGGGGCAGCAUUAGAGAGAAAUCUGUAAUAAAGCUCCUGUGUAAAGUUGCAUGAAAAUACUCAGGGAACCUGUCUCUCUGCCUGUCUGUCUCUUUCAGUGUCUGUCGUUCGGUGUGUGUGUGUGUGUGUGUGUGUGUGUGUGUGUGUGUUUUGCUAGCAGGCCUGAGAUUUAACCAGAACACAGUCUCUCUCUCUCUCUCUCUCUCUCUCUCUCUCUCUCUCUCUCUCUCUCUCUCUCUAUCUGUCUGUCAUCUAUUUGUCUUUCUCUAGACGUCACCAGGUACACAUUGGCUAAGCUCUGUGUGUGUCACAAUUAUCUCUGUGUCUGGAAUCUGUGUAUAGAUCCUGGAAAAGUGUGUCAAACACACAGACACACACACACACACACACACACACACACACACACACACACACACUCUGUCCAGGUUAACUUUCAGGCUGCUGGUGUAUCAGCACUGUUCCAGGAUCAGCCUCGCUCACAUUAAUGGAACAUUAAUACUCACUGUUUAUAAAGGUUAUAAAGGGUCAUUAACACUCACUAUGAAGCCUGUACGAUGUGUUAUAACUGAGCUGAUCACGCACUGCUGAAUAAACGUCAGCGUUUCAGUGCACAUAUGGGUCGGGCGUGUCCUAAACCACUACUGAGAGAGCUGUGAGAUGAUGUUAGGGUUGACCUAACACCCAGCGAAGUCUUAUAAGCGUGUUAUUAUGAUCAUUGUGCGACGACAGGCUUCAUAUAGAGUGAGUUACUGCACUUAUCAUUUAUUAUGUAGGAAGUAGUGUAUCAGUGAAUCUUAUUCUGUUCAUAAGGGCAUGGUAAGGAGUGUAUUAAGUGUCAUAAUGAAGAUGUGUCAAAUCCACCUGCUGGUGUGUAAGUGUUAUUACAGCUUUAUUACAGCUACAUGUUAAUGCUAUAAGGGCACGAGUUUAUUCCCGUAGAAACACUGGAUGUGUACAGAUAUUUAUUUCAUCAGGAGCUCAGUGAAGAGUACAGUCUGUUUAUUAUUAUUAUUAUUAUUAUUAUUAUUAUUAAUGUGAAACAUGCCUCUAAGCGUUCUUUAUUUAACGUGUUGUUAUUAGAAUGAAUAUCAAAUAUCUGUUUUUUAUUUGUAUUUUUAUUUGUGUGUGUUUUUCACUGAUGAUCUCGGCUCGGUGUGAAACGCUGCUGUGUGAUAAAAUGCAGAAAAUAUUUCGACAGCUGUCUGUCUUUUCCUUAACAACACAGUUUAAAUAAAUAAUUCCCUCAAAUAUAAAUCAGGAAUAUAAUCAGGAUUUAUAUUUUUAUUACUGUUAAUAAUCCGUUAUUUCUGAUUUUAAGCAACUGUGAAGCGCAGAGUGGGGAUACAGGAUUAUUAUUAUUAUUAUUAUUGUUAUUACUAUUGUUAUUAUUGUUGUUGUUAUUGUUAUGAUGAUGAUGAUGAUGAUGUUAGCCUGACGGAGAUCAGCGUGCUGAAUAACAUCUUUUCCCUGUAGGAAUACGCAGGGUGCGUUUUUAUAGGAAUACACAUGAAAUGUUUCUGUGGUCCUGCUUCACACCAUCUGAGCCUCCAGUGCUCCACCUGCUAGCAUCCUCAACCCUAGCAACCAGCUGGACUAGGGUCGCAACCAAUUAACCAGCAACCAGUUUAGAUUUCUUAGCAACCACCUAGGAGCAUUUACAAAUCUUCUAAAAACACCAUAGAAACCACCUAGCAACACCCUAGCAACCACCUGGGUUAGCAUAGCAACCACCUAGCCACACCCUAGCAACCAUUUGGAAUAUUGUAGCAACAUUUAAACGCUUUAACCUUUAAACAUGUUUCAACAUUUUAACAUUUCCAUAUUAUAAACUUAUUCUUUUAACGUUUACAUUCUUAACUGUUUAACAUUUUAAAAUCAAUGACAACAAAUGAAUAAUAUUGAUUAAUUCACUUCAAUUUUAUUUGUAUAGCGCUUUUUACAAUAGACUUUUACAGAAAUAUCGACACGGUGUACAGAUAUUAAAGGUGUGAAUUUAUCCCAACUGAGCGAGACACUGAGUGGCGACGGUGGUGAGGAAAAACUCCCUAAGAUGUUAGAGGAAGAAACCUCGAGAGGAACCCGAUUAGCAAAUUUGUUUAGCGUGGACUCUGUCAAACCAACAUCAACCUUCAUCCAUGAAUCUGAACCUCCUACUUUUCAUUAUUUUAUUUUAUUCUCUUCUCUGAGCCGAGCUCGGUAUAGAUAAUCAUGAUGUGUAAGUGAACAUUUUUCUCUACAUACUGUGUGUGUGUGUGUGUGUGUGUGUGUGUGUAUGUGUGUGUGUGUGUGUGUGUGUGUAUGUGUGUGUGUCUAUAUGUGUGUGUAUGUGUGUGUAUGUGUGUGUGUAGUAGAUGUGUAGGGGAUUAGUGAUGUGUAUUACUGUAGUGUAGUAUUUAUUCGCUGGUCUGGGAUCAGUCCCUCCUCCCUGCUGUAUUAUUUAUAAAUCAGGUUAAUGAUGAAGAUGAAGAUGAAGAUCAGUGGUCAUAUUUUUUUUUAGUUUUUUUAAUUGUUUAAUAAAUCUGUCAUUUUGCUGUUGGAUUUGAAUUGGUCUCAUUUAUAUUGUAGAAAUGAUCAGAAUUUAAAAGUCAUUGUGUUUUAAUUUUCAUUUUCCCGGUUUUAAAUUGUGACCAUUGUUCCGUUAUGAGCGAGUAAUUUGUGAAACAUUUAUUUAUUUUUUAAACUGAUCUGUUCCUACAUUUUAAACACACUGAUUUUCUUUUUAAAUAUUAUGAUGCUGUUUAAAAAUCACAUAUAAAAAUAUUAAACGUCCUUCUACAUCUGUCUA